AUGUACGUGUGCUCUAUAUGGUAUAUACAAGGUGGAAGAGGCUUCACUGGUGCGCAACGGGCUGCGGAGCAAGCUAUCCGAUCGAUCCAGGAUCAGGCCCUUCACCGGAUAUCUGGCGCCUUCAAACGUACAUCACGACAGGCCCAAGAGGGGAGCUGGAGGGAAUCGACGCGGCAUUGGAAAUCCUACUCCGAAGACAGCCACGCGGCGACAACCCACACGAAGCCACGAUCUACACAGAUAAUGAAGCCGCGAUACGCGCCACGUGCCAGCCAGGGCGGUCCUCUGGGAGCAUGCCAAGCAUGGACGGCAUCUCUAUUGGAUAAUCAAAGAGCCAACGAAGAUGAUGUUGCAGCUGCACAAAGGAUUAUGAUGGGCUUGGAGUUCGGUGUUGAUCUAACUAUAAAUAAGUAA